AUGGCGUUUGUAAUUCCAGAGGCAGGACUGCCCCUAGGUGAUUCACUGACUGCCCAUUCCACAAAUAUACCCAGUUGCAUUACAUAUCCGGCAGUGGAGGAAGGAACUGCAUUUGAAAUAAAACAGCACAUGUUGAAUAUCCUACCUACGUUUCAUGGGUUAUCAUCAGAUGAUCCUAACAUGCACAUUGCAGAGUUUUUAAUGGGGUGCAAAAACAUUUUGGUGAGAGGAUUUUCAGCUGAAUCUAUUAAGCUGCGAGGGUUGAAUAUGACUACAAAAACUCUUGUCAACGCAUCUUGCGGAGGUUCGUACAAGGAUAAAAAUGCACAAGAGGCUUGUUUGUUAUUUGAAAAAAUGGCAGCAGAUACACAACAGUGGGCAGUUGAGCAGCCACAAUCUAGGUCUGUUUUUGAGAUGUCCAACGGUUCUCCGUAUGUUACAGCACAAAUUGAAAAAAUGGAGAAAAGGCUUGACGCAAAAUUUGAUAUGUUAUUACAGAGAAUACCAGGUUCACAGGUUGCUGUACAGCAGCCCUUACAAGCUGCCUGCAGCAUUUGCAGUUUGACAAAUCAUGAUUUUUUGAGCUAUCCACAUAAAGAUGCUUAUCCGGAGUUUAUGGCGGAGCAGGUUAAUUCAUUCAAUAAUUUUCAGCGUCCCCGAUAUGACCCGUAUUCUAAUUUCUACAACCCAGGUUGGAGAGAUCAUUCUAAUCUAAGGUGGGACGAGGAACAGCACACUAGGCCUCAAUUUCAACAGCAGGUACAACAACCUGCUGCAUCUAAGGCUGCUUGGGAGAUUGCUUUACAGGUUUCUGGAAGGGCACCGGGUACAUUUCCCAGCCAAACCGAACCAAAUCCAAGAGGACGAGAAGAAUGCAAUGCUAUACGGACUCUACGGUCUGGCAAAAGUUACAACAACAGCCAUGAAAAUUCUAUUGGGAAUUCGCAGGCAGCAGAACUACCCCAAACUAAAUCUGCAAUUUUUGCAGAUUCUGAAAUUUCUGCAGAUUCUGGGAAGUCCCAGGACAGAUCCGAAAAUACUGCAGAAGCUUCCACAAAGACUGCAGAACGUGUUUACGAGCCCCCUAUGCCAUAUCCAGAAAGGUUGAGACCUAAAGCUAAAGAUCAACAGUUAACAGAUUUUAUGAAAACUUUGGCUAAAGUUCAAAUUAAUCUGCCGUUAAUUGAUGCAAUCAAGAACAUUCCAUCUUAUGCCAAAUGUUUGAAGGAUGUUUGCACAAAGAAAAAGAAGCUUGUUGAUUUUGAGAAAGUGAUUCUUACAGAACAAUGCAGUGUGGUCGUAUUACAUAAAUUGCCUCCAAAGAAAAAAGAUCCAGGAAGUUUUACUAUCUCUUGCACCAUUGGAAAUUGUUAUUUUAGUAGUGCUUUAAUUGAUUUAGGUGCUAGUGUAAACUUAAUGCCAUAUUCUGUUUUCAAACGUUUAGGUGAAGGGGAGCUGAAAACAACCUCCACUGAUUUUAUGGUGUUGGACAUGGAUGAGGAUUUGAUAACGCCCAUUAUUUUGGGCCGCCCAUUUCUGGCAACAGCCCUGACUCUUAUUGACGUUGAAGCCGGAACAUUAACAUUCCGGGUUGAAGAUCAAACUGUUGUUUUCAAGUUGUUUGAAGCAAGCAUACAUUCAGGUGACAAGCAAGAAUACAUGCGUGUUGAUGCAUUGGAUGGUUUACCAAGUGCCAAGUUUAUGAACAGGUCAUCAGCUGACCAUCUGUCCAUAAAGCCCCCGAAUUUAACUCGUGAUUGUACAAGUCCUAAACCACAGCAGCAAAGGGGAAACAAGAGUCUCGAUGGAAAGGCCCUUUUCUGGUUACUAAAGUUUUCAGAAUGGUAA